CGAUGGCGGAGAAGACUCAAAAGAGCGUGAAGAUCGCUCCCGGAGCAGUAGUGUGUGUGGAAAGUGAAAUCAGAGGAGAUGUAACCAUAGUUCUCCAUUGACUGGGACCACUGGCAGAUGGUGAACUUGUCAUCUCCGAAGAAUCCAGGAUUGUGAUAGCGUUGUUGAGCCCCCAGAGACCAUAAUGCCCAAGUGGCCGUUCUGAGGAUGAGGCAGGCCCCAGGACGGUGAUCCACCCAAAGGCACGGAUUAUUGCGGAGGCCGGGCCAAUAAUUAUCGGUGAAGGAAACCUAAUAGAAGAGCAGGCCCUCAUCAUAAACGCUCAUCCGGAUAACAUCAUCCCAGACACCGAAGAUACAGACCCCAAACCUAUGAUUAUUGGCACCAACAACGUAUUUGAAGUCGGCUGUCAUUCCCAAGCCAUGAAAAUGGGAGACAAUAAUGUCAUUGAGUCAAAAGCCUACGUCGGCAGGAAUGUCAUCUUGACCAGUGGCUGCAUCAUCGGGGCCUGCUGCAGCCUCAACACCUUUGAGGCCAUCCCUGAGAACACAGUGAUCUACGGCGCGGACUGCCUGCGGCGGGUGCAGACGGAGCGGCCACAGCCCCAGACACUGCAGCUGGAUUUCUUGAUGAAGAUCUUGCCCAAUUACCACCACCUGAAGAAGACAAUGAAAGGCAGCUCGGCUCCAGUUAAGAACUGAGGAGAUGUCAGCGGGCUCCAUCUGCCAGCUCAUCAGGGGGCCCGUGUGUUAGCAUCGUGCUGACUUUCCAUUGGAAACGAGCUGGAGAGAGAUGGGUCCCAUUGUAACCACCGCUGUAAUUUAUAUGCACUGGAUUGCUUCCCCGUCCUUGUUCUGGUAUUGUAUAGACUGAGUUUUUCUUUUGUUAUACAAAAUAUUAGCCGUGCAUUUAUUAUGUAAAAGAUUACCCAUGAUACCAUGUCACAUUAUGUGUUUAUAUUCUAACAUAACCAGAUGCCAUAAAUAAAAGUUUGGCCACUUGCAUUAAUCUUCCCAAA